AGAGACAGCAACAACGGCAACCCUCAAACAAAAAUAUCACUUCCAUUACCAUUACUCCCCCCCACCCCCCAAGGCGCAAGCAGAGAAACGCCAUUUCAUCGACACAUCGGCGCGUCACUUUCACGGCCGGAGGGGUAAUGGAAAAACAAUAAGGAAGUAUCAUCAUCGGCGACGAUCAUGUCGGUCUCGUACACCGAUUGUCUCUCCGACCUUCUCUGUUGUGAGGAUUCUGGUAUAUUAUCCGACGAGUCUCCGGCGGAAUCCUCGUCGGACUUCGAUUCUUCCUCCUGCGGUGUCGAGGAGGAAUCGAUCGCCGGUUACAUUGAGGACGAGAGACACUUCGUUCCCGGUGUCGAUUACUUGUCUCAGUUCAAAUCUCGCUCUCUCGAUGCUUCAGCCAGAGAACAGUCAGUUGCGUGGAUUCUUAAGGUGCAGGCAUAUUACGGAUUCCAACCUCUAACGGCUUAUCUCUCCGUCAACUACUUGGAUCGAUUCCUUUACUCUCGCCGUUUGCCGCAAACAAAUGGGUGGCCAAUGCAACUCCUAUCCGUAGCUUGCUUGUCAUUAGCUGCUAAGAUGGAGGAACCACUCGUUCCCUCCUUAUUGGACCUUCAGGUUGAAGGUGCCAAAUAUAUAUUUGAACCAAGAACAAUCCGGAGGAUGGAGUUUCUGGUUCUGAGUGUAUUGGAUUGGAGGCUGAGAUCCAUAACACCAUUUACCUUCAUAAGUUUCUUUGCAUGCAAGCUCGAUCCCACAGGAAAUUAUGUUGCCUUUCUAAUUAAAAGGGCCACUGAAAUCAUUUUCUCUAAUAUCCAAGAGGCCAGCUUUGUAGAGUAUUGGCCGUCAAGCAUUGCUGCAGCAGCGAUACUUUGUGCAGCCAAUGAAAUACCAAACUUGUCUCUUCUUGUUGAUCCUCAACAUGCUGAAUCAUGGUGCGAUGGGCUCAGCAAGGAAAAAAUAAUUCGGUGCUACAGGUUAAUGCAAGAUGUUGUGGAUGAUAAUAAAAGAAGGAAUCCCUCAAAAAUUCUGCCGCAGCUGCGAGUGACAAUCCGGGCCAGAACGAGGUCCAGUAGUGACUCAUCAUCCUCGUCUUUUUCAUCAUCGUCUUAUAAAAGAAGAAAAUUAAAUAACUGUUUGUGGGUAGAAGAUGACAAAGGAAACUCCGAGUGAGUGAAGGAAAGGAAAGAGAGGAAUUAAGUAAUAAGAAAUAAGAAGAAGUUAAUGGUGGUCCAAGUUGUGUAGAAUCCUCGAUUAUUUUUUGGAGGGUUUUGAGGGUAUUUUGACAUACUGCAAUCUUACGGAUCUCAGUGGUUUUUUUGUCUUAGUUAUCUCAAAUGUUAAGUUGGAUGCAUAGAUUCCAUAUGAAUCAUAUACGCCCAUCUCAACAUUGGAAUAAUUUGGAUAAAAACAUUGGAGUUCUUAGCAUAUUCAUGGUUUGGUUUGACAUAUUAGAGAAUGUGGAUAUUUCCAAGUGUGUGCACAUAAGAGUUUGGUGAGAGAGGAGAGAUUUUAUUAAUUUUAUUGGUUUUGUUUUUGUUGGUGAGAUAUAAGCUUUAUCAUUCAUGAGUAAUUUAUGGUAUUGCUCUCGCAGAUUCCCAAGGGAUGGGGAUUUGUUUACAAUAAAAGAUAGUAUUAAUUUAAUUUUUGUGUGGGGAAAGAGAAAAGGAUUUUGAGUUAUAAUAUUAAUAAUGGUGUCAUGGGGAGAGUGUGAAAGAAGUGGGGGUAAUGAAGUUCAAUGGCAGAAUUGAUUAGUGAAUGAAAGGUAGAGGAGAUGGUGGUAGGACCUCUUUUGUAUAUAGAGGAAAAAAGAGGCAGAGAUAAGAGUAAUAAGGGUGGAUUGAGCUUUUGAAGAUUAAGUUCAUGGUGGUUUAUAAGUCAAGCAUCCCAUACUGGCCACCAUUAUUACUUCUUUGGCUGCUUCAACACACUACUACUUGAUCUGCCAAUGAAGUCCAAUUGAUGGUGAAAGAAGAACAAAAAUGUCCAUUUUUUUCUUACAUUGUUUAUAGACUUUGUUUGUUGUGUGUGCGUGUGCUUUUUUUGGCGAGAGUUGCCUCUUCUUCUAAUGGCCAGCGGCCUUGAUGGCCUAACCAAUACCAUAAAAAAAUUUUCCUUUAAAUUUUUUGUAAUUUUGUUUUUAACCCUUCUGAUCAGUGGAAUCCACCGUGUGUGGUGGAUAUACACGUGUGUGUACCUGUAUAUUUUGAUUGAGAGGGGAAGGAAAAACCCUAACAAUAUAUAUAUAUAUAUAUAAAUGAUAAAGUUGAAAGGUCUUUGGGGCCUAUUCAGAUGGUUGGUUGUCGUAUUGAUGUGCAUGGCAGUAGCACGUGAUCGAUUGACAGACGAGAGAUGCUUUUGUAGUUUUUCCAUUUGUUUUAUUACUGCACGAAAUUAGCUUUUUAAGAUCCAAUUCCAACCCCAAUUAUAUAUAUAUGUAUGUAUGUAUGUAUAUGUCUUUAUGGAUUGUAGCGAGGCAUGCAUGCAUGCAGGUACUGUGACUGUUGAAUAAUGAAUAAUGCAGUGAAGAUCCCGACUAAUUGAAGGGAC